GCUAGGUUUGCCGAACCAACCUCCCUCCGGGGCAUCCUUUAGAGAGCGAGCGAGAGAGAGAAUCAAAACCUCUUCUUCCUCCAGAGACUUUCAGUUCUCAAAAAAUAAAAAAGCUAUGGUGACUACAUCGUCUAGUAACAAAUCAAACACUAUUCUUCGUUACUCCAAAGCGGUUCCUUCGUCUUCAUCCUCAGCGUUCGCUUCCUCCACAAGCUCCACCUUCUCGUCUCCGUCCUCGUCUUUCUUCCACCACCGAUCCUCGUCCCCCACUCCCCAGCCUAUGUCGCAGUCCUUUCGUUACUCUCUCGACACCAGAUCCAUCUCCCCUACUACGAACCACCGAUCCAUCUCCGUUUCCAAGAAACCGCAGCCUAAGGUCUCCGAGACGCCGUCUCGGAGUAGGAGGUGUAUGUGCUCUCCGACAACGCAUCCCGGAUCGUUCAGGUGCAGUUUGCACAAAAACGUGGCGAAUCCGCACGGGCAAGGAACGGCGUCGUACACGGGGAACAGUUUGAAUAUGAGGAGAUCGGCGAUGACGAACUCGCUGGUGAGGAUCGGUGGGGUCGAAGGAGAGUGGGUGAGAAGAGCGUUGACGACUCUGAUAAGGCCUUCGUCGCAUCAUCUGAAAAGGAGGGCUGCGUUUCAGCCGCGUCCUAGUAGGCUCUCGGUUAUGUCCAAGGCUGAGUGUUGUUGAUUUUGAUCUGAUCAGGUUUGUUGUUAUUCUCUUUUGGAAAAAACCGCAACAGGACAGAUCUGGUCGGGAAAAGUUGGAUCGGCGGGGUGAGCGGCGAUUGUGGGAGAGAGAGAGAGUGUCAACGUUGAAAUCGAAGUUUGUUAAACGAACACACACACCAUCAUAUGUUUUUUUUUGUUGUUGGGUGAAGAAAGAUGCGGAAGUGCAUUUUGUACAUAUACUUAUUUUUUACUCUGUUUUUUUUUUCUUUUCUGAAAAAAGUGUCAAAAGUUACAUCUAAAAUCAAAAUCUGGUAUGGAAGUUAAUUAAAUUUCUAUAAUCCACUUUUCAUAACACAAGUGAGAUUUUUAGAUCUUUAAUCUCACAUCCAUUGUGUG